GCCUGCUCUGCCCGCCGCGCUCCCCAGUCCGGCGAUGGAGGCGGCGGCGGCGGAACAAGCCGCCUGCCCCGCGGGGGCGGAGGCCGAACUGGGCAGGUCAUCGUGCUCGGAACCGCCCGCGCCCAGGCUGAGCGCGGCGGAGCUCGACCGCGAGCUGGACUCCCGCAGCGAGCUGAUCGAUGACAAAGAGUUCGACAUUCCUCAAGUCGAUACCCCGCCAACGCUGGAAAGCAUCUUAAACGAGACUGAUGAUGAAGAAGAGUCUUUCAUUCUGGAGGAUCCCUUUCUCCUGAACGUUGAUAACACAGAUACACACUCCUAUGAUACAUCUUCUGUAGCAAGUUCUGACAGUGGGGACCGGACACACCUGAAAAGAAAGAAGAAACUCCCUGAUUCCCUCUCUCUCCAUGGAUCAGUUAUACGGCUCUCACUUCUGAAAGGAAUUUCUGCCCAAAUAGUGUCUGCAGCAGACAAAGUGGAUGCUGGUUUGCCCACUGCAAUAGCAGCAUCAAAUCUGAUAGCAGUGGGGACUUCCCAUGGAUUAGCGCUAAUUUUUGAUCAAAACCAAGCUCUUCGACUUUGUCUGGGCAGCACUGCUAUUGGGGCUCAGUAUGGAGCUAUCUCUGCUCUCAGUAUCAACAAUGACUGUUCGAGGCUCCUGUGUGGCUUUGCAAAAGGACAGAUCACAAUGUGGGACCUGGCCAGUGGGAAGCUGCUACGGUCAAUAACAGAUGCUCAUCCCCCAGGAACAGCCAUUUUGCACAUUAAGUUUACAGAUGACCCGACACUUGCAAUUUGCAAUGACAGCGGAGGCUCCGUAUUUGAACUGUCAUUUAAGAGAGUAAUGGGAGUGAGAACAUGUGAAUCUCGAUGUCUCUUCAGCGGCUCAAAGGGGGAGGUUUGCUGUAUUGAACCAUUACAUGCAAAAGUUGAGCUGAGAGACCAUCCUAUUACUCAGUAUUCAUUGUUGGCCAUGGCCUCUCUAACAAAGAUACUAGUCAUUGGAUUGAAGCCAUCUCUGAAAGUGUGGAUGACUUUCCCCUAUGGUCGUAUGGACCCUUCUAGUGUCCCUCUUCUGGCGUGGCACUUUGUGGCUGUGCAGAACUCUGUGAACCCCAUGCUUGCCUUUUGUCGAGGAGAUGUUGUUCACUUUCUUCUGGUAAAGAGAGAUGAUACUGGUGCAAUACACGUCACUAAGCAGAAGCAGCUUCAUCUACACUAUGACCUCAUCAAUUUUACUUGGAUAAACUCACGGACAGCAGUGCUUCUGGACAGUGUGGAGAAGCUGCAUGUGAUAGAUCGCCAGACACAAGAGGAGCUGGAGACCAUAGAGAUCUCAGAAGUUCAGCUAAUCUACAACAGCAGCCACUUCAAAUCCUUGGCAACAGGGGGCAACGUCAGCGAAGCACUGGCGUUGGUUGGAGAGAAAGCUUGUUAUCAGUCCAUCAGCAGUUGUGGUGGUCAGAUCUUUUACCUCGGAACUAAGUCUGUUCAUGUCAUGACAUUGAGGAGCUGGAGAGAGAGAGUUGACCACCUUCUGAAACAAGAGCGUCUCACUGAUGCCUUGGCUCUAGCUUGGUCUUUUUAUGAAGGUAAAGCAAAGGCUGUAGUAGGUUUGUCUGGGGACACAAGCAAGCGGAAAGCAGUCAUUGCAGACAGAAUGGUUGAAAUCCUUCUCCAUUAUGCUGAUCGGACUUUGAAGAAAUGUCCAGACCAAGGAAAAAUCCAGGUUAUGGAGCAACAUUUUCAGGAUGUGGUGCCUGUCAUAGUUGAUUACUGUCUCUUACUCCAGCGCAUGGAUCUAUUAUUUAACCAGAUAUAUGAUAAGAUGAGUGAGAAUUCUGUAGCUAAAGGCAUCUUUCUGGAGUGCUUGGAGCCAUACAUCUUAAGUGAUAAGUUGAUGGGAAUCACAGCUCAAGUGAUGAAAGACUUGCUCCUUCACUUCCAAGACAAGAACAGAUUGGAAAAUAUGGAAGCCUGCAUUGUGCAUAUGGAUAUCACCAGCUUAGACAUACAGCAGGUGGUAGUUCUGUGCUGGGAAAACCAUCUCUACGAUGCCAUGAUCUAUGUGUACAACAGUGGGAUGAAUGACUUCAUUAGUCCCAUGGAGAAACUGUUCAGAGUCAUUGCGCCUCCACUGAAUGCUGGGAAAUCUCUUACAGAUGAGCAGGUAGUAAUGGGCAACAAGCUGCUUGUGUAUAUAAGCUGCUGCUUGGCAGGCCGUGCGUAUCCAUUGGGUGAUAUUCCUGAAGAUCUGGUACCUUUGGUUAAAAAUCAGGUCUUUGAAUUUCUCAUCCGGCUGCAUUCAACUGAGGGAUCUGUGGAUGAAGAGGUCUAUCCUUAUGUUCGUACCUUGCUCCACUUUGACACUCGGGAAUUCCUUAAUGUUCUUGCUCUGGUCAUGGUAGAGAAUUCUGACUUCACCCCAUCGCAGGUUGGCUGUCUCUUUACCUUCCUUGCCCGUCAGCUCGCCAAGCCCAACAACACGUUGUUUGUGAACAGGACACUUUUUGACCAGGUCCUUGAAUUCCUGUGCAGUCCCGAUGAUGACUCCCGCCAUUCCGAGAGGCAACAGGUCCUCUUGGAAUUACUCCAGGCAGGAGGAAUAGUACAGUUCGAAGAGAACCGCCUUAUCCAAAUGGCAGAAAAAGCUGAAUUCUAUCAGAUUUGUGAAUUCAUGUAUGAACGAGAGCUUCGCUAUGACAAAAUCAUCGGCUGUUACCUGCGUGAUCCAGUGAGAAAGGAAGAAGUUUUCAACUACAUUCACAACAUCCUCUCUAUGCCUGGGUACAGUGCUGAAGAGAAGCAGUCAGUGUGGCAGAAAGCAUUGGACCAUAUAGAGGAGCUGUUGUUGCUGAGCCCCUGUAAAGCAGCUGACUUGGUAGCCAUUCACUUCAGCGAGCAGACUGAGCGCAUCAUUACAAACCUUCAGGACCGGUUCUUACUGUUUCAGUUUCUGAGGAGUCUUCUUGACCCGAGAGAAGGCAUCAAUCAGGACCUGAUACACUUACCGCCCUGCAUCACUGAGCAGUUUAUUGAGCUGCUGUGUCACUACAGCCCAGACCAGGUUUUGGACACACUGAAAGUUAUGGAAUUCUGCAGGCUGGAAGAAACUAUCCAGAUAACACAGAAACAUCAGCUUCAUGAAGCAUCUUCGUAUUUACUGGAGAAGAAGGGAGAUAUCCAUGGUGCCUUUCUGGUUAUGCUUGAGAGACUGCAGAGCAAGUUGCUGAUGCUUAUGCAAGAUGAUGAAAGUUCAACAGAAGUCCCUCUGCUAGAAAAUAUUGAAGAUACUUUAACGAAAACAAUUGCUCUUUGCCAGAGGAACUCACACAAUUUAAACCAGCAGCAACGGGAGGCCCUCUGGUUUCCCCUGCUGGAGGCUAUGAUGUCCCCACAGAAAUUGUCUGGUUCUUCACAGUAUCGAUACUCUGAGUCUUUGAAGAGUUUGACAAUGCAAGUGCUAAACAACAUGGCUGCGUUUAUUGCCCUUCCUUCAAUCCUGCAGAGAAUUCUACAGGAUCCUGUUUAUGGGAAAGGGAAACUUGGAGAAAUUCAAGGGCUUGUUCUGGGCAUGCUGGACACUUUUAACUAUGAACAAACCCUUUUGGAGACAACUACGAAUCUUUUAAACCAUGAUCUCCAUUGGUCCCUGUGUAACCUAAGAGCUUCUGUUACUAGAGGGCUUACCCCAAAGCAGGAUUACUGCUGCAUUUGUCUACAGCAGUACAAAAGAAGGCAAGAAACUGCUGAUGAAAUCAUUAUUUUCAGCUGUGGCCACUUGUACCAUUCCCUGUGUCUGCUGAGUAAAGAGUGUGGUUUAGUAACCAAAGGCCUGAUGAGAUGGACGUGCUAUAAGUGCAACUCUAGCAGCAAGGGAGGAAAACUGAGUGAGAACUUUUCAGAGCUGAAAAAAGGAAGCGGAACAUCGUUGGCACAGGCAAGUUCAGAGUCUCUGCUGGAUCCUCAGCAAAUCCAAGCUUUUGAUCAACUCUGUCGGCUCAACCGAGGAACCUCUAGAUUAGCUCUUCUGACUGAGCUGUCUCGCAAUCAUGGCGGUGAAAAGCACGGACUGCUCAGCGUUUCCCACGGUGACCCUGCCACAAGCAGUGUCUUCCAGAAUGAGAAUUUCCAGCUCCAUCUGGCCCCUCCUCCGCUUGCUGAAGACUAGAGCUUCUGGCCUCCCGCCCUGGCUGCAGGGAACCACGGUUGGUUUUGGGCCUUGGUGCAGGGAAGCUUCUCCAUGAUGACGCCGAACUUCUUCCCCUCUUCCUCUGCUCCUUUCCCAGAACCCUUUUAUGUGUUGGGUCUUGUUGGGCAGUUCUGGGCAGCAGCGGCUGCAGGUAAUUUUCUAGUUCUGCUGCUGCUUCUUACUGUACAGAUUGACAGCUGCAGAAUGCCUGGUGCGACUGGAAGUCGUAGACUCUGGUGUCAAAAUCCUGGCUUGCUGAAGCAGUGUGCAGCAUUGUGGGUAUCUGCACUAACCCUGAGGCUAAUGGCAGCAGGGGUAACUUUGCCAAGUAACUGGAGCCUGUUCCUUAGGCUGGAGGAAUGCGGCCUGUGUGUGCCCAGCACCUGUAUGUCUCAAGGUGCUGUGUUGCAGUUGCUGAUGAGUACCACACUUGAGCAUUAAUUUUAGCACUAGUAAAAGCUGUCAUUUUGCCAAGGCCUGGCCCACUGCCUUACAGACAGAGCCAUGGGUGGUUUGAUGGCACAGAAUGGGUGGACCUGGAAAAGACUGAAGAAUGCAAGAAAAUGAUACACGUGUGAGCAAACUAACCGGGGCGCAGUGUGCUCCUAUGAACUUCCAUUAAAAAAUGCCCUUGGCUGAAUUUGGCUGUAUGAGUUGUGGGCAAAGGGAGUGGUGAGAGGGCUGGCGGUCUGGCAGCAUUGCUGGCUGCCAUUUUUUAGUACUAUUGCCACUGAAUGCUCGUAGCAAAGGGCUGUGUCUGGUCCCUGUGGGUGAAGCACAAACCUCCCCCUUCCUCCCAUGGUUGUACACAUGCUAGCACCUGCAGGGAUGCGUAUGUGUAAAGGUGGCAUAUGAGCCACCAGCCACAAAACAAAACCUACAGGCCCUUUUUGGCAGCUUUGGCUGUUGCUUUUUGCACUGCUGCUGGUCCAAAAAGGCAGCAGGAUGGUUCAGCGCAGUUCAGAUCAUCCGCAGGGCUUUGGAGGCCCUUGAGGGCUGCAAGGUGGAGAGGACUGGCGUGAUUGGCACUGAUGGUCAAAGAAGUUUGCCAGUACUAGUUAACCCAGUGUUUCACAACACCAAACUGGGGAGUGCCAAAGAGCAAGACUCACUAUGUUCUUCCCAGUCUAGUACCUUUAUCUGACUGCACUUGUAGAACUGCAACCUAAUAGCAACAGUGACUAACGUUUCUGUAAUGUCAUCCCUGGCUUGUGAACGCAGUCCAGAGCUGCCGUAACAGUGUGUGCUACUGGUUUGGUAAUUAUUAUCUCAUGUCUUCCCCCAUUCGUUUUGGCACUAACUCUUGAGUGUUUGGGGGUAUGAUACCCUCAGGGUCCCAGCUAGCACCCUGAUGAGCUGCAAAAAGCUUUUCAAAAUACCUUUCAGCUUGGUCCAGUUGCCUCCCCUCUUUUCCAAACUGGUCCCAAAGCCAGUGCUGUGGGUAGGACUUGCACAGCAGCUUGCAGAUAGUGCUUUUCAUUUGUGCAGAACUAACAGAGUAACCUGGCUCAUCCAGGCAGAGCUUACACUGGAUGGAAGGAAUUAUGGGGACAACACUGUUGCCCCCAAGAAAAGCAGAAGCACCAGCUGCCAUGCAGAAGUCUGUUGGUCUGAGGAGCAGUGCCAGAGCCAUGGACUGUGGGGCACGGUGUGCCUGGUGUGUUCACGUUUUUCCUCACUAGCAUUAAGGACUACCCAGCACCCAAAACAGCCCCAGAGUGAUGUUUCUAGCCUGCAGUUGCCAUGUGCACCUGGCCAGAGGUAAGUCAAGGGACUAAAGAUAGCUAAGCUCUUCCAGAUGUCAGCCUGGUCUUGUAGCUCUUUUCCCAACAUCCUCCAUGCAACAUGGGCAGCUCAUCCUUUUAGAGUCAAAUCAGAACCUGAGCUGUGAGUUUGCACACCAACCCCAGUAAUCAUGAAGUCCGUGAACCCAGCAGGGCCAGGCCUGGUGCGCUCCACCAGGUUACUGCAUUUCUAUCCAUAGCACUGGGUGGAUGGUUCGGCUGAUGCCAUCUGAAGCCAUAAAUAAUGCUUCCUUUGCUGGAAAGCUCAAAACGCUUCACUGUAGUACAGAAAAUACACAGUUACUUAGGAUAAGCAAAGAUUUAGUUGUUUAGUAUUUUAUUAAAGAAGAAACAUACACACCUCUCCCUGGCAGAGUGGAGCCGCUAGCUCAGGGCAAGUCUUUUACAGCAGACCUUUACCCGUGUUUGUGCAAAGAAAAGAAAUCCCAUUUCUGUGAGGACCGUGUUUCCGAACUAGGGCGAGUGAUGCGAGCUUUGUGAGAAAGGUGACACAGUGUUGGCUGCUAAAACACUUCCCAGAACUAGCCCUGUCCCACACCAGGCUGCUCCACUGAAGUUUUACAGGUACAACGUACGGGAGAGGCAGCUUAUUGUGCUUAAGACAUCUGAACAAAUCCUGGUAGGAGAUACUCACAGCUUGUGAAUAUUGCUAAUUACUUACAGUUAAAAAAGAAUGUAUCUUGACAACAGUGAUAUGGAGCUGCAAGACCACAGGAUCUUAGGGUAAGUCUUGGGCAUAGCCGCCGAACUGAUCUCUCACUACGCUCCCAGCAGGUGCCCCCCAAGAGCGGGAGGAGCAGACCCUGCUUGCUUGCUCGCUCUUGCCAAGUAAGAGGGUUCAAGUGCCCCUUCCUGUGCUUGGCACCCCACGCUCGACAGCGGGUGGCAGCCCCCCGGCCUCUGCGGAAGGGCCCCGCUGCCGUUAGUUCCUGAGAGGAUGCAUCUGCCUGUCCCCCCGUGCGCCCAGGAAAAGCCUCCUCCGGGUAGAAAGCUCGGGCGGGCCAGGCACAGGAGCGAGCGUUUGCAGCUCCCCCCUCAGGUUACAAGUGAAAGGUUAAAUAUGAGUAAAUGCUGUAGGUUUAUACAUAAUGUUUUCUUCUACCUAUGAAAUGUGUCUGGUCAAAGGACAGUAAAACAUUGUUAGAAACUUUGAUUAACCAAGAAAGACAACCCCCACCCUUAAAAAAUAAAUAAAUCCUAUUGAGUGUUUA